GGAAGAAAUAGCUUGUUCAUUUAAUAACACUAUUUCAUUUCCCUACCAUGUUGUUCCGUAGCAUCGCGUUAUUUGCAGCUUUGGCUUCACCUGCUUUCGGCUUUGCGCCUGUCUCCACACCUCGUCCAUCGGUCAUGGCUCUUCGCGUUGCCACUGAUCCCAUCAAAUCUGACGAUUUGGUUUCGAAGGAGGCAAAUGUCAAGUCCGUACGCAGGACCAAACCCACCAAGAACCCCAUGAGUCCUGAAUUUGAACAGAUUAGAUCUGUUCCAUACAACGAGGCUUUCCCGAACUCUACUAAGGAGCACAAGACCGUCACUCACGAGGAAACUGGACAUGUCCUUAAUGUCCCAUUCCGUCGUGUUCAUCUAGAAGAUCCCGACCAAAAGUAUUUGGAUCUUUACGAUACAUCGGGACCUCAAGGACAUGACCCUAAGAUUGGUAUCCCCAAGCUUCGAAAGGAUUGGGUCGCUGCUCGCGAAGGAAAGUUUGAAAGGUACACUCAGAUGCAUUUCGCUAGACAGGGCAUGAUUACCGAAGAAAUGCUGUUCGUUGCCGAGCGCGAAGGUGUCGAGCCCGAGUUUGUUCGCUCUGAAAUUGCCCGAGGAAGAGCCAUUAUCUGCUCCAACAAGAAGCACCUCGAAUUGGAGCCUCAAAUCAUCGGACGCAUGUUCAAGGUCAAGAUCAAUGCCAACAUCGGAAACUCUGCUAUCACCUCCUCUAUUGAGGAGGAGGUGGAAAAGCUCCAGUGGAGUACUCUAUGGGGAGGAGAUACCCUGAUGGAUUUGUCUACAGGAAAACACAUUCAUGAAACGAGAGAGUGGAUCAUGCGAAAUAGUCCCAUUCCUGUCGGAACAGUUCCCAUCUAUCAAGCACUUGAAAAGGUCGACGGAAUUGCUGAGGAUUUGAACUGGGAGGUUUUCCGCGAAACCUUGAUCGAACAGGCAGAACAAGGUGUCGAUUAUUUCACAAUUCAUGCAGGAGUGUUGCUCCCUUACGUUCCAAUGACCGUUAAGCGAAUGACUGGUAUUGUGAGCCGAGGAGGAUCCAUCCACGCGAAGUGGAACAUUUUUCACCACAAGCAAAAUUUUGCUUAUGAGCAUUGGGAUGACAUCCUUGACAUUUGCGCCGAGUAUGACAUUGCGCUUUCUAUCGGAGACGGUCUCCGUCCCGGUUCGAUUUACGACGCGAAUGACGAAGCCCAGUUUGCUGAACUGAAGACUCAGGGUGAUCUGACCCGUCGAGCUUGGGAGAAGGAUGUCCAAGUCAUGAAUGAGGGACCAGGCCAUGUUCCUCUUCACAAGAUUCCGGAGAACAUGCGCAACCAACUUGACUGGUGUAACGAGGCUCCAUUUUACACUCUGGGUCCUCUUACGACUGAUAUCGCACCAGGGUACGAUCACAUUACCUCUGCCAUCGGUGCUGCGAACAUUGGAGCUCUUGGAACGGCCAUGCUCUGCUACGUCACACCUAAGGAACACCUUGGUCUCCCCAAUCGUGAUGAUGUCAAGGCUGGAAUCAUUGCCUAUAAGAUUGCGGCUCAUGCCGCGGAUCUAGCCAAGGGAUUGCCUGGUGCUCAGGAUCGCGACGAUGCUCUUUCCAAAGCUCGCUUUGAGUUCCGCUGGAAUGAUCAGUUCAAUAUUUCUUUGGACCCUGUUACCGCAAGAGCAUUCCACGACGAAACCUUGGAUAGCGACGCAUCCAAGAGUUCCCACUUUUGCUCCAUGUGUGGACCUAAAUUCUGCUCUAUGAAGAUUACAGACGAUGUACGUCAAUACGCAGCCGAGAACGGUUAUGGAGUAGAGGAAGAAGCCAUUGCAAAGGGCAUGGAAGAAAUGAGUGACAUGUACAAGGAAAUGGGCAACAAAUUGUAUCUGGAAGACAUGGACAAUGUUGUCAACCCUUUGGAAGACUUGACCCCUUAGAGGAAUUUAUAUUACAGAACAUCCGUUAUGACGUCUACAAGAUAUUUUAUCUUGUCGAUAUUUCAAUCAUCAUUUUUGUUUGCGGGAGCAACCGAAGAAACAGCUGAGAUUCAUUAUCGAAUACCGCUUGAACCUGAUCAUGGCAAUGCAUGCGUGAGGGAACAACAAAACGAUUGAUGUAGAAACGUGAUUUCUAAACGAAUGAAGAAUAUAAGUUCUUCUAUCAAUAUAUAGGAUUAUUUUUU